GGAUGAGCCGACGCGGAAUUGGUCCUAUUUUCUCUCUGGCACCCGAUUCCGUCUUCUCCUUUUCUUGAGGAGGACAAAACUGAAGUGGAGAACCUUCAAAAUUUCCUUUCUCAUCGCCCCCGCCUCCUCUCCUUGUCCGGGCCCUCAUCCGAUCCCGUGUUAAAACCCUAACCCUCACUCUGAUUCCGACCCCCCCCCCCCUCUUCUCGGGCCUUUUUCCGGCUAUCACCGCCUGUCCUCGAACCCUAAUAUCGCCGGAGGCCCGGCUGCCGACGGAUCUCUCUGCCCCUCUGCCGCCCCUUCUUCGCGUCCCGAGGUUCUGCUCGGCGAUCGAACCCUAAUCUCCAUCCUUCCCCGUGUGUUUGUUGGAUCCUAGGUUUUGUUUUCCUGAUCUGCCAUCUCGGAUUCCUGCUUCUUGGAAGGAGCUGGUAGGGCUUUCCGAGCUCACGUGGGGGUUGAUUUGCUUCGAAACCCCAAUUCUUCUAGAAAACCCAGGUAUACAAUUAGGCCCUAGUUUUCAUGGAGGAAUCUUCGGGCGAUGGCGCUGCUGCUUCCGUGCCACUGGUGAAGUGGAAAAACGAUUUCUCCAGGGCCUUUCAGUAUUAUCUGGACAGGUCUACCCCCCAUACGGUCGAGAGAUGGCUCGGAACGCUGGGAGUUGCUGUGAUCUACUGUCUCCGUGUUUAUUAUGUUCAGGGGUUUUACAUUGUCACGUAUGGGCUUGGGAUCUAUUUGCUGAAUCUCCUGAUUGGGUUUCUGUCCCCGAUUGUGGAUCCAGAGCUGGAAGUUUCUGAUGGGCCUGCGCUUCCCACAAAGGGUUCGGAUGAGUUCAAACCCUUCAUUCGCCGCCUUCCUGAGUUUAAAUUCUGGUAUUCCAUAACGAAAGCCUUCUGUGUGGCUUUUGUGAUGACUUUCUUCUCUGUAUUUGAUGUUCCUGUAUUUUGGCCCAUUCUUCUAUGCUAUUGGAUAGUUCUUUUUGCCCUGACAAUGAAGCGGCAAAUUCUGCACAUGAUCAAAUACAAAUAUGUGCCGUUCAACAUAGGAAAGCAGCCUGCACGAUGGUGAAGAAUUGGAAAACCUGGUAGAUUGUAUGUGUUGUUUUGAAGCAUCUGCAGGGCUUGCUGUACAAUUGCACCGGGGACCAGCAUUUUGGGUAAGAUGACAGGUCACCCAACUGAUGGAACUUGCAUUCAAUUCUCUUGAAGCAGUAGGCGACAUACAAGUCUAAUUGGUUGUUAAAAAACCAUUAUAUCACACUUCUAAGAAUCAAAGGGUUUGAUUGGAUUAAUGAUGACCAGUUAGUCCUGUUUAGCGGCGGUUGUAUUUUAGGUUAUGUUUUGGUUUACAAGUUAAUCAUGAUGACCAGUUUAGCGGCGGCUGUAUAUCAGGAUGACGUGGCAGUUUGCAAGCCCUAAUCUGCAUAUUAGGGCUUAUUUGGA